AUGCUCGCCUCCACCGCCCGCAUCGCCCGCACCGUCACCGUCGCGCGCGUCGGGUGCGUUCCGCUCGCGUCCACGGCGCGCGCCGCCUCCACCGCCCUGUUGGAUUCCAUCGUCGAGCGCGUCGAGCGUUCGCUCCCGACGCGCGCCGGUGCGUCCGCGACGUCACCGAGCGUCGUCGUCGGAUUAUCCGGGGGCGUGGACAGCGCGAUCGCGGCGUGGGCGCUGAAGAGAUGCGGCGCGGACGUGACGGCGGCGACCACGAAGAACUGGGACGGCUUGAACGAGGACGCGAACGAAGACUGCGGCUAUCGGGACGAUUUGAGGAGCGCGACGGAGAUCGCGAGAAAGAUUGGAAUACCGUUGACGGAGAUUGAUUUCACGAGGGAGUAUUGGAACGACGUGUUCGAGCCGUACGUGAAGGCGUUCGCGAGCGGCGCGACGCCGAAUCCGGAUUUAGAGUGUAACCGGAGCGUCAAGUUCGGCGCGCUCUUAAGACACGUCACCGACGUCAUGGGGGGGGAUUUAUUAGCCACCGGGCACUACGCUCGGAUAGAUCGCGGAGUUGGUGAGCGGGUGAGGUUGUUACGAGGGGUGGACGAGACGAAGGAUCAGUCGUAUUUCUUGGCGUCCGUCUCUGGGGACGCCUUGAGCAAGGCGUGUUUUCCGCUCGGCGAAAUGUUGAAGAGUGAGACUCGAGAGGCCGCACGGGCGCUAGGCUUACCCUGCGCCGAGCGUCGAUCGAGCGCGGGAAUAUGUUUCAUCGGUCGAAGGCCGUUCGGUGACUUCAUCGGGGAGUACAUCGUCCCGAGAGAGGGCGCGUUUGUGGACGCCGAGACGUCGCGUCCCGUUCCGGGCGCGCCGCCGCACAAGGGGUUGGCGUCGUACACGGUCGGUCAACGCGCGAAAAUCGGCGGCGCCGCGAAACCCUGGUUCGUUAUCGGUAAGAAUGUCGAGGAGAACGUCGUGUACGUCGCGAACGGUGCCGAUCACGACGCUUUGUUUUCCACGACAGCCGAGCUCGCGGAUGAGUUUUGGAUCUCUGGCGAGCGUCCGGAGAUGAAUCGUCUCCUCGCCAAGGCGCGCUACGCCUCACCGCUCACGCCCGUGACGAUCGCAAGCGCUUCGUCAGAGUCGUUCACGCCGUCAAAGUUCUCCUCGUCCUACGUCUCCGCGUCGUCUCUCUCCGAGUCGCUCCGCGCGACGUUUGACGCGCCCGAGCGCGCCGUCACGCCCGGGCAGGCGCUCGUCCUCUACGACGGCGACGUCUGCCUCGGCGGCGCCGUCAUUCAUCGCGUCGGCGCCACCAAAUUCGAAAAGUUGUAUAUAUAA